UAUUAUUCAACACAAUAUCAUAUGCUUGUCAUAGAUUCUGCGGUCUAGAUACCUGCUGGCUGCAAUUCUCGAAUUCCGCAUACAGCAUACACGUGCCUCCGCCCGAUCAGCUAUAGGAUGGCGUUCACAAUGCACUCUCACUCGGGGCAAUUCUGCCCCGGACACGCCAAAGACCAGCUCGAGGACAUCAUCAAGCAUGCCAUUGGUCUAGGCUACAAGACGAUGGCCCUGACCGAGCACAUGCCGCGGACAGCGCUAGAAGACCUGUACCCUGAAGAAUUGGAUGAUCCCGAGGCGUCGCUCGCAGCCUUGAUGCCACGCCAUGAAGCGUACCUUAAGGAAGCACAGCGUCUACAGGCCCUUUACGCGCCCCAAAUCUCACUGCUCAUCGGAUUCGAGGGCGAGUGGCUUCGGCCAGGCUACGAGUCGCUCAUCAAGGAGUUAGCGGCGCACCCAGCCAUUGACUAUUUUGUCGGCAGUCUGCACCACGUCAAUGGUGUGCCGAUUGAUUACGACAAGGAGUACUACGCGCGGGCAGUAGCGUCGGCUCAACCUCUCACGAAUGGGACAUAUACUAACGGGUCUCUGACAAGCGCGGCUCAGACAGCGCGUGGUAGUGAAAAUGAAGACAUAGGGGCUCGUGAGGAAAGGACUUAUGAAAGGUAUUACGAUCAGCAAUACGAGAUGCUGGUCGCGCUUCGUCCGCGCGUCGUAGGCCACUUUGAUCUGAUCCGACUUAUGAGCUCGAACCCGGAUCGCGACGUGCGGCAUUGGCCUGGCGUUUGGGAGCGUAUUGAGCGAAACUUGGCCUUCAUCGCCUCAUACGGCGGCUGGCUUGAGUGCAACAGCAGCGCUUUGCGGAAAGGACUAGCAGAACCGUAUCCAUGCCGGGCCAUAGCUGAGAAAUGGCUUGCCCUGGACGGGAAGUUCACCCUUUCAGAUGAUAGUCAUGGCAUAGCGCAAGUAGGCACGAAUUACGGACGCGCUUUAGACUUUCUGGCCUCUCUCCAAGUUAGCACGCUCUGGACGUUGGAGCGAGAGUUACAGAACUCAGACAGCACAAACGAGAAGGCGGCUAAAGCUGGUCUGACAGAAGUCGCAGUUCGAGUUGACGAGAUCCGUCCUAUUAUUUCCAGUUGGUCAUAGUAGAUCUUGACCUCUGCGUAGAUACGCGUGGAUCCGGUUGGUAGAUAAUCAUACAUGUAAAAAAUAUUCGUCCACUUUCUAGUGCUUAGAUCAAAGAUCGGACGGCCCAAGCAUAAAAUAACUCGCUGAAAUAGACAAUUAGAUGAUCAAUUAGAUGACAGCAUUAGAUUGAAGCGGUCUUGUCACUUGCAAACAUCAAAUAGAGUUUAAUUUGCGAAAAUAAGCAACUUGCUUCAUAAUGUCUAUUGUGAUGCAAAUUCGUUAAGCUCUAACAACCUUGGGGUAUAUGUCCAAGAUAACUCUCCACGGCAAUUAAAAAGUAAAUAGC